GUGUAGUGUAUGGACCUGGCGCUUCAUUCUGACAGGCGCUCAAGUCUCAGUCCUAUUGGGUCCAGCACUGAUGGGUGGACUGAAUAAAUAGCGAGUGAGAUGCGGGAGAGGAUGAGACGAGUGGAGGAGCAGCAGAGGAAGUAGGAGGCACAGUUCGUAGUAGCUGCUCAUAAAUCAAUGCAACCGUGCGUUAUAGCGGCAACUGGACUCCGACUGAGCAGCAUCUGAACUCUCUUUUCACUCAGAAGUUGUGGUCCUGCUUGCGCCUUUUUUUCGCCACUUUCCUGCCUGCCCUGUGAUCCAAGUUUGUCGGUGUGACCCUACCUAUCUGCUGCAAACAGGUUUCAAGAGGGAAACAUUCCCUGCACUUCCUCCGCUGCUUAUUUGAAUUGAUUGAAAGUCAAGAUGAUGAUAAUUAUUGCGGAGUUCUUCGUGGUCAUUUUGAAGGUGCUCUGGGCUUUUGUAACUGCCGGGGCGAAAUGGGUCGUGCGGCCAAAGGAGAAGAGCGUGGCGGGACAGGUGUGCGUGAUCACCGGGGCUGGAAGCGGCCUCGGGCGGCUCUUCGCCAAGGAGUUCGCCCGGAGACGAGCGAUACUGGUGUUAUGGGACAUAAACAGCCAAAGCAACGAGGAAACAGCGGAGAUGGUGCGGCAGAUAUACCACGAACUGGACACUCCUAUAACCAAAGACGGACCUGUUGGAGGGGUAGAGGAGGUCCCUCCUUUCCAGCCGCACGUCUACACCUAUGUGUGUGAUGUGGGAAAGCGGGAGAGUGUGUAUUCUACGGCUGAGAAGGUGCGUAGAGAGGUGGGAGAAGUGGACAUACUGAUCAACAAUGCCGGUGUCGUCUCUGGCCAUCACCUUCUGGAGUGCCCCGAUGAGCUGAUCGAGCGCACCAUGGUGGUCAACUGUCAUGCACACUUCUGGACCACCAAGGCGUUUCUCCCCAAGAUGCUGGAGCUGAAUCAUGGUCACAUUGUGACGGUUGCCAGCUCCCUGGGUUUAUUCAGCACAGCUGGAGUGGAGGAUUACUGCGCCAGUAAGUUCGGUGCCAUUGGGUUCCACGAGUCACUGAGCCAUGAGCUGAAGGCCUCAGAGAAGGAUGGCAUCAACAUGACUCUGGUGUGCCCUUACCUGGUCGACACGGGAAUGUUCAAAGGCUGCAGGAUAAGGAAGGAGAUUGAGCCUUUUCUGCCUCCCCUGAAGCCAGAGUUCUGUGUGAAACAGGCCAUGAGGGCCAUCCUCACUGACCAGCCCAUGAUCUGUACACCUCGCAUCGUCUAUAUGGUCAACUUCAUGAAAAGCAUCCUGCCCUUCGAGGCCAUUGUGUGCAUGUACCGGUUCCUAGGCGCCGACAAGUGCAUGUACCCCUUCCUAGCUCAAAGAAAGGAGGCCAUGAACAACAAUGAGGCGAAGAACGGGAUCUAGGGGGGGGGCACUGUUUGUAACACGAACAGAGGCACAUAAACCUGCAAGCAUGAGGAAACAACCACUGAGGAUGAAAAUGGGGAAGACGGAAGGAAGGAAAGACUGAAUCUAGACUGGUGCACUUGCAUUGAGAAAAUGCAAAGGUUUACCAUAUUGUUCCUCUGGAACAAAGAAAGCUGUGUACUACACAAAGGAUUUAUUUGACUUUGUUUUGUCUUUGUUUUGUUUUUUUUAAAGUUUGUUUAAAGAAACCAACAUCUAUAUUCUGUGUCACUAGUUUUGAAAUCAUACAGAAAAGGUAUCCAAUAAUUAACUAUUUACGUAAUGUAGUCACCAGCCUUAUCUAGUGUCAUUGUGGAAAUAUACAGUAUGUUACUGUACAAACAGUAAAAAAAAAAAAAAAGUUUUCACUUUUAUUUUAUUUUUGUAGACAUGCACUGUAAUUUCUGAUUUUUCUCUACACUGCCAGCAUUCUCUGUGUAGGAAGGUUCAACACAGCAACUACCCAACGUCUCCCCAUGCAGAGGCUCUUUUUCAGUCAGUCGGGAAUUUUGUUUGCAGCUUAACAUGGCUCUGGUUAUUGCUUCUGCCAUUUUAAAACAAAGCAAGAUGAAUAUUUCACCAUUUAAAAUUUACCAUAUUCUGUUGUUAAAUACUUAAGUUACAGACAUGUAGCUUAUAUGUUGAUAAUGAAGUCUACGCAUUCCAAAUGGGAAAUUUCAAGGCCAGAUUGUGGCUGACUUAAAUCUUCAACGUGGUUUCCAGUGUAAUGGGACUCAACAUUGUCCCUUUUAAUGGUCCUGUUAUUUCAGGUCUGUAAUGACUAAUCUCUCAAGUGGACGUGGACGAGGGAGUCAAUGUCCUGGGUUGAACUAGCAUGUGUGACACAUUCAGAAUGUACUGCUUUGGGAGAAAUUUGUCUUUAUUUUCAAGAUCUGUGGUGUUUAUAUUGUAAAUUUAUCUGUUACCAAUAUUAUUUGUUUAAAAAAAAAAAAACCCGACAUAGGCUGUAACUCCAGGUGAACCGCUGUCCCAAUACUGAUGUGUGGUUGAGGGAAAUGCAUUAGACACUAGCUUUCCAUUAUUCUUUCCAAAGUAAAACUCUCCUGUCCAUUGUCCGCCUUGUCCAGUUAAAGUGAAAUGUAAGUGUUUUAAUGUUGUGAAUACCCCAGUAUCCCAAAAUGACUGUCUCCACCAUAUUUGAUGUAUGAAUAUUUUAUAUACCCUUGGGACGACAAGAGUUUUUGAAAUUCAACUACAUUCCAAUAGGCAUCAUUUCUUCAGUCACAGUGAUGAGCCUAAAUUCUCUACCUCUUAAUUUUUGCCUUUUUUUUUGACAGUAUGACAUAAGCCUCUUUUUUUUUUUGUAAUUUUCUGAAGACUGCUCCAUAGCAGAGCAAAUGUGGUUCCAAUGUUUAGUGUCUCUACCUAACUUAAAUUAAUAAAAGUGAUUUAGAUUAUUAAA